ACAUUCUUCUUCUUCUUCCCUGACCCUAUUUCCCUAUCUCCUUCGGUCCUCUCAAAUUCUCAAUGGAUUGAACUCAGCCAAUCCCCUCUCCCGGCCGAAUCGACGAUCUUCCCUGCCAAUCGUCACUCGGUCUCAUUUGUACUCAAGUCAAGCAAUCCAUCUCCUACUCUCUCAAUCUAUUCCCAUCGUCUCAUAGGAUCGGAGAAGCUAAAAUCUGCAUAUCGAUCGAAUCUUUAAGAUAAUCACUCGGUCUCAUUUGGUUUGGUUUGAUUGAUUAUGCCUAUAAAUCAAUUCAAUUCAAUGGCUGAAUCACAAUCUCCAUCCUCCAUCAUGCCUCCCACGGUUUCAACUAACAAUGAACUUAAUAAGUCUUAUCCCAAAUGCAUCCGGAACCCACGGGACAAAGGCCGUAAUUAACUAUAUCCUUUCUCUUUUGUUUGUCGUUGUUUCAUUACUCCUGUCUGUACUCAACGUUAUUAGUUAGGUUAAUGUCGGAUGAUGCAGAGGACUUAGAUCACAAUUGGGCGUUAUUGAUCUUGGGGGUCUCUUUCGCGGGAAUUCCCAUGUUCUAUUCAGCCUUUGGGGGAGAUUUUGAAAACAUUUAUUUGCCGGUCUCCCUCCAAAACUACGGAAUUUUUAUCACUUGCAGGUUUUUCUUUGCGAUUUACUUGUUGGCUCUCCCUGAAAAGAAAUAUAGGUUGCCCUGUUGGAAAUUGAUUUGCAUUGCUGAGAUCUGUUCAGUUGCGCUUGCUAUGGGUCUUGGUUUUGUUUUUCCGUAUCAGAUGGAGUGCCUUGGUAUACUAGCUUCGUGGACAGUUCAAUUAAUUGGGUAUUUUCAUUUGUGGUCUGGUUUCUUUUCGAUUUGGGAAUGUUAUGCCAUAGUACCAAUGCAGCUACUGGCCUACGCGUUAGCCUCUAAUAUGAUCAAGACUAAUCAUCCUUUCCUCUUCUCUGCGAUGGCAUUUGGCGGCUGGGCAUUUGUUUCCAUUAAUGUUGGUCUUACAUAUUCCGAGCUACUACAAGAACCAAAAGUAGCAAAGUCUGAGGAGGCACUGACCAAUGCUGCUGCCAACAUGCCCAACCUGAUACGCUCUCCCUGUUUGCCUAUGGAUAAAGAAGAUGAAAACAAAGGACCACCUGAGAGUAGCAACAGUACCUCUCCAAGGGAGGGCAUCCCAUCAGGUGCAGCAAAACAAUCAUCAAACUCAGUCAGCGUGAUGAAAAUGCAAAGGAUGUUUAAGAAAGCAGCUGAAGACAACAUUAGGGACAUUAAGGCAUAUGUCACUGAGCUAAAUGAAUGUGUGGCUCAGCUCCAAUACCAAAAUCAGCUCCUAGAUAAACAGCUCCGAGCUUGCCAGGUGCAGGGAUUGGAGGCAAAUGAUGGUGCCGACUUUGUGGCAGACAAGUACUGGAGCAAUGGUGAGAUGGGGAAGCAAACAAGGAAAGAGAUUGUUGAAUCCAACAAGAGCAGUGACGAGUGCAGUAGCAGCGAAUGCGGAGGGGCGAAGGAUGAUCUAGGGCUUGUUCUUAAGGAAAUGGAGGCAAUAUCAGCAAAGGCGAAGGAAGAGGUCCAAUUGAGCCAGCUGGAAACGGCCAAAGCCAAUGCAGCCUUGCUGAAUGACAAGCUAGAAGCCAGCGAGAAGGAAAAGGAGAUGUUCGAAACUUCGUUGAAAAAGCUUCAAAUUCAAGCGGAGCAGUGGAGGAAAGCAGCAGAUGCAGCAGCCGCACUUGUCUCAGGUGACACUGAGAUUGAAGGGAGAUGGAUGGCGAUGCCUGAGAGGCGGCGCCCACUUCUUUCAGGGGACGAGGUAAGGAGAGUGGUGUCUGAGAGGUACUCCAACAGCGUACUCCAGCGGGGAGUAGACGAAUCUGGCAAUUCUGAGGCGACUGAGUGGUUGUUUGAUGGUGACUGGGAGGGUGUUUCACAAAGUGCAAGGAAGAAGAAAGGUUCCGGCAUCAAAAUGUUUGGUGAUCUCUGGAAAAGGAAGAUCCAGAAAACUGUGAAGAGUGGUUCUUGUUUGCCUUGUGAAUAAUUGAUACUCCCUGUUAACAUCUUGUUUUGUCAAUCUGUCUGUCUGUACUAGGUAAGAGGAUUCUGCCAAUCCAAAAAUUUAGAUGUUUUCUUUUCAGCUAGAAAUGUGUGGGGAGAUCUGUUGGUUAAGCACUUUAGCAUUUCACUAUGUACUACCUACUUUCCGUACUGCUACUCAUUAAACAUUUCAUUGCGAG